AUGGCAUACACGGACCCCUUCAAAGUCAUAAAAGACAUUAGCAGCAUGCUUGAAAAGCCGCUUGGUCGACCCAUGAGCUCAGCUACAAGGUCUGAGAAGUCCGAUGUAGUUGAUAAGCACUUGGCAAACACACAAAAGAGAUUAGAAGACAAAAGUUCGACUUCCGUAUUGCUAGUGAAGGUAGUAGAAACUUUGAACAAGCACGACGAAAUGGAAGCUAUACGCAUGGUGGACGACCUGAGCUUGGUUUACUAUACAAUGGACUCCAUCAUUCAAGCCCAAAAGAAACAGAUCGAGGAAGCUAUGCAAGAGGUUGCCAUAGCAAAAGACGAGGUCGAGGAGGCGACCAAGCUGGUCCAGAAUACCAUCCAUGAAGCAGAAAAGAAGGAGGCGGAGAAAAAGGCGGCAGAGGAGCGUUGGCUGGACGAGGCAAGGGCCGCAUACGUAGCAAGGAGGCGCCCUAUCAAGAAGUAG